GGCGGGCGAGCGGGUGCGCGGGCAGGCCGGCGAGGAUGCGGCCGAGGCGGAGGCGCGCCCAGGCGGUUUGAAGCAGCGGUUGGCUGCCACGGGCCGGAGAGAUGAGUUGGAGGGCCGCCCCCGGCUCGGGGCAGUGAGGGGCUCGGGGCCGGGGGUGGGGGUCGAAGUCGAAGAGGAGGAGGAGGAGGCGGCGGCGGCGCUGCCUUCUUUCUCCGCGCCCCCUUCCUCCUCCUCCUCCUCCUCGGCGCCCCCGGGCUCAGACAUGAGCGGGGCCGAGUGGCCCGAGCCGCCGCAGCCAGGCCGAGGCCGGGGCCGGGGCCUCGGCCUGCGGGCCCUGGGGCUCCCCAUGUCGCCGCUGCUCCUGCUGCCGCCGCCGCUGCUGCUGCUGCUGCUGCUGCUUCCCGAGCCGGGGGCCGGGGUCCCCGCAGCCGCCGCUGCCGAGCGGUUCCCGCUCCCACUGCCCCCGGCCGUGGGGCCCAGCGUGAGCCUCUACUUGAGCGAGGAGGAGGUGCACAAAUUACUCGGUAUUGAUGCAGAACUUUAUUAUGUGAGAAAUGAUCUUAUUAAUCACUACGCACUAUCCUUUAACCUGCUAGUACCCAGUGAUACCAAUUACCUUCACUUCACAUGGUAUGCUAAAUCCAAGGUUGAAUAUAAACUGGGAUUCCAGAUAGACAAUCCUGUGGCUAUGGACAUGCCCCAGGUCAACAUUUCUAUUCAAGGGGAAGUCCCACGCACUUUAUCAGUAUUUCGCGUUGAACUUUCCUGCACUGGAAAAGUAGAUUCUGAGAUAAUGGUACUAAUGCAACUCAACCUGACAAUAAAUUCUUCAAAAAAUUUCACAGUCUUAAAUUUCAAACGAAGGAAAAUGUGCUACAAAAAGCUUGAAGAAGUCAAAACUCCAAUUUCUGACAAAAAUGGCAACAGAACUAUUUAUGAUCCUGUAAAUGCAGCUCCUACUACUUCUACUCGUGUGUUUUAUAUCAGUGUAGGGGUUUGCUGUGCAGUAAUAUUUCUGGUAGCAAUAAUAUUAGCUGUUUUGCACCUGCAUAGUAUGAAAAGAAUUGAACUGGAUGACAGCAUCAGUGACAGCAGUAGUUCACAAGGUUUAUCCCAGCCAUCUACGCAGACGACUCAAUACCUGAGAGCUGAUACUCCUAACAAUGCAACACCUGUUACUAGUUAUCCUACAUUACGGAUAGAGAAGAAUGACCUAAAAAGUGUCACUCUUAUGGAGGCCAAAGCAAAGGUCAAAGAUAUAGCAAUUUCCAGGGAGAGAAUAACACUGAAAGAUGUUCUCCAAGAAGGGACUUUUGGGCGUAUUUUUCAUGGAAUUUUAAUAGAUGAUAAAGAUCCCAAUAAAGAAAAACAAGCAUUUGUCAAAACUGUUAAAGACCAAGCUUCUGAAAUUCAAGUGACAAUGAUGCUCACUGAAAGCUGUAAGCUCAGAGGGCUUCACCACAGAAAUCUGCUUCCUAUCACUCAUGUUUGUAUAGAAGAAGGAGAAAAACCCAUGGUGUUAUUGCCAUACAUGAACUGGGGAAACCUUAAAUUGUUUUUACGACAGUGCAAAUUAGUAGAGGCCAACAAUCCUCAGGCAAUUUCCCAGCAAGACCUAGUACAUAUGGCUAUUCAGAUUGCCUGUGGAAUGAGCUAUUUGGCAAGAAGGGAGGUCAUUCACAAAGAUUUGGCUGCUAGAAACUGCGUUAUUGAUGAUACACUUCAGGUAAAGAUCACUGAUAAUGCCCUUUCCAGAGACUUGUUCCCCAUGGAUUAUCACUGUCUAGGGGACAAUGAAAAUAGACCAGUUCGAUGGAUGGCUCUUGAAAGUCUGGUUAAUAAUGAGUUCUCCAGUGCUAGUGAUGUGUGGGCAUUUGGAGUAACACUGUGGGAACUAAUGACUCUGGGCCAGACCCCAUAUGUGGAUAUUGACCCCUUUGAGAUGGCUGCUUAUCUAAAAGAUGGUUACCGAAUAGCCCAACCUAUCAACUGCCCUGAUGAACUGUUUGCUGUGAUGGCCUGUUGCUGGGCUCUAGACCCUGAGGAAAGACCUAAAUUCCAGCAGCUUGUGCAGUGUCUCACUGAAUUUCAUGCAGCUCUUGGAGCCUAUGUUUGAAUCUCCUGGCACAAAUCCCACAAUGGAGCACCAGUGAUUCACUUUGGACUCAGUUAUAAACACUACAUAUAUAAGCAACGCCAAUGGAAGAAGAUACUUCUUCUAAAACACUGUGCCUUAGAAUGCUUUAGUAACCUGAAGGUUUUUUUUUUUUUUUAAACAGACAACUUGAUAAUGUUGAGUAUUUUCUAGAUAUCACUUUUUACUAAGUUGAACUGAGAGAAUUUUUCCCAAAUUUUUUUAUAAAAAUAAAACUACAGUGGACUUGAGGUGUAGGAUGGAUGAGCAUUCUUUAAAAAAAGAAAAAAAAAAACACCUAAAACCCAUGCUUUUAAAAAACAUUUAAACUCAGAUGUUUGGAAUAGCUAUUUUCAUAUUAAUUGUUUUUAUUUUGACUUCAUCAAAAUAAUAGUAAACGAUUCAACAUAAUUUUAAAUUGUGUUUCCAUCAAUAAUUUUGGCAACGCUUCUUCAAGAGGAAAUAUUUCUGUUCUGAAAAAAAGGAGUAAUUUAAAAGUAAUGUUUUCUUGUUUACCUUACUUGUACUUGGGAAAGUAAAAUUGAAGAUAGGUAGAUAGAAAAACUUGAGCUAAAUUGCUUUUAAAUAUUUUUAUGCUUUCAGAGAGGCACAGGAGAAACCUUUGCAUGAAAAUUUUUCAUCCUGAAUUUCUGUGUGGCAAAUUUUUCUAUUGAAAGGUGUCUUUCCAUUUUUAUUUUUAUUUUUUUUCAGAGACAGGAGCUAAGGUAAUUAUUGCUUGAAAUGGGCUUAAAUCAGCUUUGUAGAUGGCCAUGUGCCUGGGACCAGUAAUUAUUUCUGUCAGGCCAGUAGAAACCAUGUUGAUUUUAUUUAUUUUAUUAUUUAGUAAAGUCCUUGAAAGGAUAGUCACAUCUUCACACUGAAAAAACUUUUAUGGCACCUAGUAUAGUGCUAUGCACAGAGUUGGUACUCAAAUAAUUGUGGGCAACAUUGCAGGCUGGUCAAUUUUGUGUUCAUCUUCAAGGCUGGGUUAAGUAUACAAAUUUGUUUCUCAAAACACUUGAAAAAUUAAAGAAUUUGUUUUAUAGUCUAGCAUUAUUGAAAUUCUAAUUGUGGUGAAUGUGGUCUAUAUUUUCCCAUCAUUUAUUACUAUGUUUGACUCCCAUUUUAGAGGUCCUUGAACAUGAAAAAGCUUGAAAAACACAUCAGUGUAUGAUAACUCCUUCCACCAAUGCAGAUUUCAUACCUUUCAUAAAUUAACAGAUGGUUUCAAAAGUUGCUGUGAUCAAAGUUUAGAAAUACAUUUGUUUUAUUCUAUAUGCAUGUUACAAUUAGAAUCCAAAGCCUCAGUAAAUCUUGAAUAAUUCUGACUUUCAACACUACUAAAUCACUUACUUGUAAUCAAAAUUUAUUAAUGCCCUUGACCAGCAUACUUAUUGUUUUGAGCCGAUACACAUCUAGACAUUUCCUGGCUAAAUAAUUAAGGGAUAUGUACGCAUAUGUGUUCAUUUGAUUGGCUUAAGCACAUAAUGAAUGGUGACUGGCUAUAGUUAUUAAUUUCAUUGUCACUUUUGACUUUUUAAAAACAAUUAUGUCAUAUAUAAAGUGGUGUUUUCAUUAUCCCAUCCCACUUCAGUUAUUAAUUUCUAAAUCUUUCUUUAUAUGCAAUCAUGUCAUGUAUGCUUAAUAGGGAGAGGUAGAGACAUGAUUUGUGUGCUAUGGCUUGACCAUUCUUAAAGUUCCUAUAAAAUUUAUCCAUGGUAAUAGAUCGUAUCCCUAACCUAAUCCUAAUACAGCAAAUGCAUGCUCAGUAUAACAAAGGAAAUCAGGUUUCAGAAUAUGGAAAGAUUGUUACCAGACCCAGUACUAUACCUGGGUCAGCAGCUUAUACAUAUCUUAUUGAUUGUGAAUUCAUUAACACAUUUGUUAUUAAAACAUGCAGGUUCCCAAAUGGUUAAUUUUGUUCAUCUCUGUUCUAAAAUUAUGGUGCUAUUCUAAUUAAAAAUUUUUAUAUUUGACCACACCACGUUUGCUUGGUAGGUAGGAUCUGGUUUAAAUCUACCCUGUCAGGACAUAGUUAAAUCAUUAAUAAGAAAAGAAACAAUACAUUAAGCAGUCCUGUGAGGCAGAAUAGUCCAGAAGUGUUAUGCAAGCUCUCCUACCCAAUUGAUUGAUUUCCCUGGGAAUGAAAAACAGAAGCCCUAUCAAUCAGAAGCACUUAUAAAGCACUGACUCUGUGCUAUGUGCUGCAAAUAAAAUGACAAAACUCCUUGUUUUUCCUCUAUUGGAAGAAAUAAAAUAAAAAAUAAAAAAAUGAUUUCAGUAAAUAUGAAUAUAGAAGAUGUGCUAGUUGCUGGAGAAUCAGCAAAACAAUGUAGAAGCUGUCACUUCAGUGGAGUUUUUCAGAAAAUAAAAUUGUAAAAGAUUAGAGGUGAUUGCAUUCCUAUCAUGUGAGAUGACCAGUGCCAAAGAAUGGACAUUAGAGAUGGAACAUUAUAAAUGAAGAACAGCAAGAAAACUAGAUGAUUUGAACUGUAGCCUGCAAGAAAAAUAACACAAUAAAAUUUAGAGCAGUUAGAUAAUACAGUGGAUAGCGUGCCAGAAGAUGUUUUCUUGAAUUCAGAUCUGCUUGCUGGGUGAGCCAGGGCAAAUCCCAACUCUGUUUGCCUUAGUUUCCUCACCUGUAAAAUUGCAAAUGGCAAAUCAUUCCCAAUGACUCCAAUUGGACACAACUAAAAUGACUAAUAAAAAUUGGAAAAGGUAGGUUGGGGUUAUGAAAAAAUAUCUAGGGCAUUUCCCAUCAUUGCUUAUGCCAUUUUGACAAAAUAAAAUUGCCUUUCAGACCCACA